AUGCCACGUGGAAGCCGAAGCCACACCUCCUGCAGGGCCCCUCCCACCAGCCGGGCAACUCAGAUGAGAGCUACACCCAGGCCAGCACCAGCAGCUCAGCCGCCAGCAGUGGCACCCCCAUCUGCAGUUGGCUCUCCUGCUCCUGCGCCCCAGCAGCCAAGUCUGAUGGCCCAAAUGGCAACCACAGCAGCUGGCGUGGCUGUAGGCUCUGCUGUGGGGCACACACUGGGUUAUGCCCUCACUGGGAGCUUCAGUGGAGGAAGUAAUGGUGAGCCUGCAAAACCUGACAUCACUUACCAGCAGCCUCAGGGAACCUGGCCAGCACAGCAGCAGCAGCCUUGUUUCCAUGAGAUCAAACAGUUUUUGGAGUGUGCCCAGAACCAGGGUGACAUCAACAAGCUCUGUGGGGUUUUCAAUGAGGUUCUCAAACAGUGCAGACUUGCAAACAGAUAG